UUUGGACAUGAGCGAUAUAGAGUCAAGUAAUUUUACAUAAUUUCUACUUAGAUAUCGCUUUAUAAAUUAAGAAAUCAAAAUUUAUCAAAAUGUGUGAUCAAGAAUUUAGAACGCUUCGAAUCGAUCCUAGAUAUCCUUUUCAAAAUCAAACCAGAGCCUGCUACGAUAAUUACUGCGAUUACUACAAAUGUACACGACUUCUUGGAGAUGUCGAUGAUUGUAAAAUUUUCAAGCGAUAUUUCGAAACAAUCUGUCCCAAUUUUUGGAUUGAACACUGGGAUGAAUUGCGCGGGAAAGGAGCUUUCCCUGGCCCUAUUUGAAAAGCUUUUGAUGAUUUGAAAUAAACAUUUGAAAAUA